UCCGGGAGCGGGUCUGCCUCCGCGCCUCCUCCAAACCGGCUGCGCACCCCCUGCCCGGCCGGCCGGGCCCCGCGCCCCAGCGUGAGUCCAGCAGCCUCCCCGCGUCAGGGUGCAACUUUCCCCUGGUUCCCGGCGGGGCGGGGACCUCAGAGGGACAACUUGGUAAACUUCUCUGGGGCGGACGGCAGGGGCGACGGGCGCAGGUACACCAGGAUGUAGGAGGGCCGUGGCCGGCCCCGGGGCGUCCCCCGACCCCUUUCGGCCUGGCCAUGGGGCUCCAGCGCCUUUAGCACCGCCAGGGGGGCGACCCCCUCGUCCAGCCGACCUGGGUGGGACAGCGCCGUCGCCGGCUGUGCGCGCGCUGGGGCGAGCAGCGCCCGCUCUGGCCGCGUCCGGCCCCGCCAUGGACCACCAGGAGCCCUACUCGGUGCAGGCCACUGCGGCCAUCGCGGCGGUCAUCACUUUCCUCAUCCUCUUCACCAUCUUCGGCAACGCGCUGGUCAUCUUGGCUGUGCUGACCAGCCGCUCGCUGCGCGCCCCGCAGAACCUGUUCCUAGUGUCGCUGGCCGCCGCCGACAUCCUGGUAGCCACGCUCAUCAUCCCUUUCUCGCUGGCCAACGAGCUGCUGGGCUACUGGUACUUCUGGCGCACCUGGUGCGAGGUGUACCUGGCGCUCGACGUGCUCUUCUGCACUUCCUCCAUCGUGCACCUGUGUGCCAUCAGCCUGGACCGCUACUGGGCGGUGAGCCGGGCCCUGGAGUACAACUCCAAGCGCACCCCGCGCCGCAUCAAGUUCAUCAUCCUCAUCGUGUGGCUCAUCGCAGCGGUCAUCUCGCUGCCACCCCUCAUCUACAAGGGCGACCAGGGUCCCCAGCCCCUGGCCCGCCCUCAGUGCAAGCUCAACCAGGAGGCCUGGUACAUUCUGGCCUCCAGCAUCGGAUCUUUCUUUGCGCCCUGCCUCAUCAUGAUCCUGGUCUACCUGCGCAUCUACCUGAUCGCCAAGCGCAGCCACUGCAGAGGCCCCAGGGCCAAAGGGGGGCCUGGGGGGAGGGAGUCUAAGCAGCCACACCCUGUCCCUGGGGAAGUUUCAGACUCAGCCAAACUGCCAACCUUGGCCUCUCAACUGGCCGCCCCUGGAGAGGCCAACGGAUGCUCCCAACCUCACCCGGCGGAGAAGGGGGAGGGGCAGACCCCUGAAGCCCCUGGCGCUCCUGCCUUGCCACCCAGCUGGCCUGCCGUCCCGAAGUCAGGGCAGGGUCAGAAGGAAGGGGUUUGCGGUUCAUCUCCGGAGGAGGAGGCAGAAGAGGAGGGAGCAGAGGGCUGUGAGCCGCAGGCCUUGCCAGCGUCUCCUGCCUCAGCUUGCAGCCCGCCCCUGCAGCAGCCGCAGGGUUUGCGGGUGCUGGCAACCCUGCGUGGCCAGGUGCUCCUGGGCAGGGGCACAGGCGCUGCGGGGGCGCAGUGGUGGCGGCGGCGGACGCAGCUGAGCCGGGAGAAGAGGUUCACCUUCGUGCUGGCCGUGGUCAUCGGCGUCUUCGUGCUCUGCUGGUUCCCGUUCUUCUUCAGCUACAGCCUGGGUGCCAUCUGCCCGCUGCACUGCAAGGUGCCCCACGGCCUCUUCCAGUUCUUCUUUUGGAUCGGCUACUGCAAUAGCUCGCUGAACCCCGUCAUCUACACCAUCUUCAACCAGGACUUUCGCCGUGCCUUCCGGAGGAUCCUGUGCCGCCACUGGACCCAGACGGCCUGACUUUCGUUCUGCGCCUGGGGUGUGAAUUCCUACCCCAAGCUGGAAGUGGGGAGUGGCAGACAGAACCACAGUUUCAGUUCAAGGAUUUCUUUGAGAAUGUGUUCCUAUGCCUGCGAAGAUUUGAGUUAUUAGGCUGCGUGAUAACUUCUCAACAUUUCACCUGCAACACCAGGAGGGUUUUCAUUGGAUUGGACCCCCCUCCCCCACAAUGGGGGAGCAAUCUUUUGUCGUCAAGCUGGUGAACGUUUCCCCAAGAUCUCUAAAGAUACCCACUGCAAGGGAAUGGGGUGAGAUGAGAGUGUGCUGGGGCUGGAGCAGGUGGGUAGGGGCCCUGUGGACUCCUGGGGGGCUCCAAGCCCUAAGUGGGCCCCUGUGAUGCAUAGCUGACCCUGCCCCUGGUGGGUGCCGUCUGCCCAUCUCAGACCCAGCCGUGUUGCUCCACCCCACUGAGGGGGCUCCAGGGGCCUCUCCCUCUUGGUUCCCUCUCCCAUCCCUCCUGGAACAACUGGGAGCACUGGGAGGAUGUUUCCCAGCCUUCGCCGUGGGUAUGCCUGGCUCCACCAUUAAGCCAGUGAGGGUCUUAUCUUGGGGGCUGGGCUGAGCAGCACAGGCACUGAUGGGCCUGGCUGGAUUUGGAGGGAUGCGGGGGAAUCUUCUGGGGUGGAGAGAACGGAGGGGACCAGAGUUGCUCCUGGGGCAGAAGGCCAUCCAGCUCAUUCCCUGGUCUCAGUGUGAGGCUGGGCCUGGCCUGGGGGCAGAGCCAGGGAGGCUGGGCCCGGGGACGGGCUGACUUGCCUCAUCUGCUGGCUAGUCUCACGUGUGCCCCUGCGGGACCCCUGCUGUUGUUGCCGGUGUCCCCUUGUGAUAUGCAGGUUUUUAUUUUUAUUUUUUAAAGUCUGAGCUAUUUUAUCAAUAAAGGAUA